UACAACUUCAGUCGUUUUGUAUAAUACACAAGUUUCCUCAAGAGAGGAAAAAAGAACAUCAACCUCAAGCUCGAUUAAAUAACACAUACAAUGACGAAGUCCUUCAAGGCCUAUGGGAAAGUGGAUUCUCUAGAAAAACAAGCCCUCAAACGAAGAAAUCGUAGAAAGAUGAUCAUUUUACUUCUUUCACUGGUUGUUUUGGUAGCUCUCAUCAUUGGAAUCGUGGUGGGGACUCUUAAUCACAAGAAGAACAAGAAUGGUGAUGAUGCUCUUUCUUCAACUCCAAACUCAGCUCAAUCAAUAAAAGCAGUCUGCAGUGUAGCAACUUAUCCAAAAUCAUGUUACAGUAGCCUUUCACCAUUCGGGACUUCAAAUUCCACAAUUGACCCGGAAAAGCUCUUCCAUCUUUCUUUGCAAGUCGUCCACGACUCCCUGGAGAAGCUCUCCACUCUGCCUCAGGAAUGGAUAAACAAUACUGAUGACCCUGAAGUCAAGAAGGCUUUGGGUGUAUGCCAAACGGUAUUUGAUGAAGCAGUUGAUGCCGUCAAUGAAUCUAUCUUAUCCUUAAACGUGAUCGACAGCAACAAAGUAUUCUCCGUGAAGAGAAUCCAUGAUCUCAAGACUUGGCUGAGCACCUCCCUUACCGAUCUAGAGACAUGCUUGGAUACUCUGGAAGAAGUUAAUGCUACAAUCUUGGAAGACGUGAGAACAUCAAUGAAGAACUCAACCGAAUUUGCCAGCAACAGUUUGGCAAUAGUCUCGAAACUCGUUGAAAUUCUCAGCGACUUUCAAAUCCCAGUUAAUAGGAAGUUGCUAGGGGAGACAGGAAGAAGUUCAGGUUUUCCCCAUUGGGUUAGAGCAGCUGACAGGAGGCUGCUUCAAACGUCUAAGGAUCCACAGCCUAAUCUGGUCGUGGCCCUGGACGGCAGUGGAGAUUAUAGGACAAUCAAUGAGGCGGUGGCAAGGAUUCCGAUAAACAGUAAAACAAGGUUUGUGAUCUAUGUUAAGGCCGGUGUUUAUAAGGAGAAGGUGAUAUUGGACAAGCCCUUGUGGAAUGUGAUGAUGUAUGGAGAUGGCAAGACCGAGACCAUUGUUACCUUCGACGACAAUUAUGUUGAUGGAACCCGAACUUUCGACACGCCUACAUUCGCUGUGACGGGGAAAAAUUUCAUAGCAAAGAACAUGGGAUUCAAGAACACAGCUGGACCAGAAAAGGAGCAGGCCGUGGCAGUGCGGUCCGGCUCCGACCGAUCUGUUUUCCAUCAGUGUUCUUUUGAUGGCUUCCAAGAUACCCUUUAUUCACACACCAAUCGCCAAUUCUACAGCAAAUGCGACAUCAUUGGGACAGUAGACUUCAUAUUUGGUAAUGCUGCGGUUGUUUUUCAGGACUGCAACAUUUUGCCCAGACAGCCACUUCCGGAUCAAUUUGUAACCAUAACGGCUCAAGGAAAGAAGGAUCGCAAUCAGAACACAGGCAUUAGUAUUCAAAGCUGUGUCGUGACUCCGCUGGACAACGUCACAGUUCCAGUCUUCCUCGGCAGGCCCUGGAAGAAUUACUCCACCACUAUAAUCAUGCAAACUAAAAUUGGCGGCUUGUUGAGUCCCGUGGGUUGGAUAGAGUGGUUCCGAAAUGUGGAGCCACCCAGCACCAUUUUCUACGCCGAGUACCAAAACACGGGUGCAGGAGCAAGCGUCGCCAACAGGGUCAAAUGGGCAGGCUACAGGCCCACUCUCACACCCAAACAAGCUUCUAAUUUCGCUAUAGGACCAUUUCUAGAUGGCCAAGAUUGGAUACCGGCAUCACAGGUGACCUUUACGUAGAUGACAAAGGUAAAUCUCCAUAGAUUGCAGAUUGGAACGUCUUCAUCAUUCAGUAAAAUCAGCACACGGAAGAGACGGCAGUGGUCAUCAAAUAGAAGGAUGGCAUACCAUCAUUCCAGCUUUGCUUCUUGUAUUCUUCAUUUUGUUUCCUACUUUUGAUUUUUUAUUUAUGAAAAUGUUUUGCUUCUCCUGUACAAUUAAUUCUUUAGGAGGAGUGUUUUAUCUCUGUCUUGCCUGUUGGACCAAUUUGUGAGAAAAUGCAUCGAGCCUUUUGUCUGGAAAGUAAGUUGGAGGGGUCUGUUGGUCCAUUGCUGGGCCUAAUCUGAAACAAGAAGUCUCCACUCCCAGAAUAUCAGAAUUAGAAUAGGAAAGCAUCGAUUCUCAUAGAAGUCUCCACUCCCAGAUGUGAUCGUCAAAUUAUUUCCAACUUCCAAAUGGCCCUUCACAUAGUCCGUUGCAAAUACUACUAGUAGUACUAAAAUUUGAAAGCAUCAAGUUAAUCAGAUUAUGUCAACGCUGGGUGGGCAGACGGAUAAAUAAAAGUUUCAAGAAGAUAAA